CAAAAAGCCGCGAACAACCAUCGGCACACGAACCGAAGUGCAUGAAUUCGUCGUCUUGGUGUCCUCUUUUUGAACACCUCCGCCUUUUUUCCCUCUUCUUUCUUCUUUUCUAUUAACAAACAGCAAGCGCUUCCAGAUAAUACCCUUCUCUCUUUUUUUCUUCCCUUUCCCCUUUUUAACUUGUUGAUCCAUCUACCUGCUCUUCGUACUUUCCUUUAUCAAAGUUCACCUCCAUCAUCCACCACAAAUUAAGCCCACCGCGUUCUUUUUUCUUUUCUUCACCCUACCCAUUCGUCCACUCGCGACCUACCUACCUUAUAUUCACCUCAGUUGCGGUUUGUUUUGCCAGACUAUCCCUUGGCAAACCAAACCCCCUCGCUCUCCAUCAAAUGAUAAGUGAGGCAAAUACGAAAAUAUCACCAGGCGCGCAUCCGAGUCCAAAGAACCCCUUGCGACCUUUGGCGGAUUCUUCAUACGUCAUGACAGCGAUAAUAUGUCUCGCUCACUAUUGCGACAUUCACGGCCCGACUCCACUGAUGGUCACCGAGGGCCUACCUCAACCCUGCUCUAUAUGUUUCGAUGACGCCGAUGUUGCCGAUGUUGCCGAUGUUAAAGAUCGCCGCACGGUUGGAAUAACCGAUACGCUCGGCAGUCUGAAGCUCAAUGGCCUUCGUUCUGCAUCGGACAAAGAAGCCCACAUAUCAGUACAGACAUCCGUCCCCAAUGCAUCUGACCGCUCCCCAGCAACUCCCAUCGACACCCCACCAGAUAGUCCCAACCACACGGCCGAUCAAUCCCAAUCCCGCCGCAACUCGAGCAACUUCCGAAGGACCUAUGACGAUCUCGUCACCAAACGCGCAAGCCCUUGUGAGAACUGCGCCAUGACCAUCCCACAGGACAUCAGUGCAAACGAGGACCGCGGGCCUACUCUGCGCACUCGUUUCCCCUGGGCUCAGGUAUAUAAUUCUGGCGAAGAAGGCACGUCGCCUCCGCCCUCCCAGGCCUCCUCCGCGAGCGAUACCGAUGGCGAAGGUCAACCCAGCCACCCCCCUCGAAGAACCCCCUGCUCAAGCACGACUCGAUCGAGCAUAUCAUCGACGACUCGCAGUCUCCGGGGCCAUACGCAUUACAUGAAUUACACGUCGACCCACGAGCCCCUAGUCCCGAAUUCUUUCUCCGUCGUACGCGCCUCUUGUCUCCGAGCCCUCUCCUUCGAAACCCUGCCCCGGACCCCGCAUACCGGUUCCGGUGGAGCCAGCAACGUCAUCCAUCCCCAGGCUCCUCCGAAUGCGACGUCCCAACCCUUUGUUACCACUCAUAGCGCCGGCGCUGCAGCUUCAGGGGGCCCCAUCUUUUUUGGUGACCCUCAGACUGGCUACACUAUUGCCUACAUCUUCCGCAUUCCUGACGUCCAUGCCCGUGGCCACAAACGCGUGUAUGCCUUCCUGGCAUUGAGUACGCACAAGGAGCGGUUGUUCAUGAAGCUCUUCGGUUUCAUCGCAACCGCCUUUCGUGAAAUGGCGUCCUGGAUUCAGAAGCUUGCGGAGGCCGAGGCCGAGAAGGCUGCCGAGGCUAGCCCCGUCACGGCUGGAGGUGGAUAUUUUGGCGGACCUACACAAUCUUCGCAACGUCAAUCGCAAGACCGCGAGAAGAAUCGCGCAGAAGGAGGUUAUGGUGGCCGUGACCACGGCAGCGGCAGCAGCUUCCUCACGGGCGGGAGCGCCCUCACUCGUCGCAUGGGCACCGGCGGUGGCCCGCUGUCUCUCAAGUCCAGAGGCUUGGCCGAACUCGUCGGCCUACCAGACUUCUUCGUCCAACUGCACGAGAAGUUCGUCUGGCUGCUGAUGGAGCUCAGUGUUCGGCUGGACGCCUGAUCCCCAAGACUCUCGUCGCCCAAAGAUGGGCCGGACGGUCCGCUCUUCAGUCCUUGGCGACACAUAUGUCCGGGCAUCUGUCGACACGGUCUCGGCCCCAUGA